CAUCUCUCAUUAACUCCCUGCCACACUCAUCCACAUUCUUCUCUUCUCAUCACAGUCCUCUCAUCUCAACCUGUCAUUAACAUGCUGACCGUACCUCCGAAUCCCCCUUCGGUCCCGCCUGGUCCAACGGCAACCGAGGGUGUAGCAGCUAUGAUGCCUGUCGCCAACAUAACACUCGAAGACGCCUUGCUUGACAACCCCAACUUCCGAGCCAACAUCAAGCUGUUUGAGGGCCAGGUCUUUUUUAUCGAAAGCUGGCUCACAGCGUUGCAACGAUCCAUGAACCAGUUCACAGAGGAAUGGGAACGCCUGAAUGAAGUCACUUCCGUCCUCAACAAGCGGGCCGAGGUUCCGCUUUUGUCCCAGAGCAUGCUGAGUUCACAAUAUACAAUUCCUGCUAUGAAGCUGACAGGCGACGCAUUUCGGACAACGCUGGCCCUCAAAAACAAAUACAUCUCUGAGGUAAACGAACAGGUGCUGAAGCCAUUGGACGACUUUCUCAAAACGGAUCUCAAGGAGUUCAAGGAAUCGAAAAAGGUCUUUGACAAGGCUCUGGAAAAGUACGAGAGCACCCUUGCCAAAUACAACGGACAGAGCCGACAAAAGGAACCCAGCGCACUCAGAGAGGAAGCAUUUCAGCUCUACGACACCCGCAAGGCCUAUAUCCAAGCAGCCAUGUCUUGUUCGAUGCUCUGUAUCAAGUUUCAGGAUGCAUUGGAUCAGCUAGUCCUUGGUGUGUUUCUGGACCUGAUCGCCACUCAACACGAUUACUUUUCAGGCAAUGCGGAUCAUUUUGGAAGAAUGGCCUUACAGGUCUUGCAGUUGAAGACGUAUAUGAAGGGUCAUAAAGAUGCCAGCACUAUCACCCUGCAGGAACUAGAGCAGAGCAGGGAACGAUACACAGCCGACGCAAUUGAGUAUUGGAAGCCGAGUCGAUCCUUGAAGUGCUAUUCUAACAGUGUGCCUACACCAAAGUCGACGAUCGGACAUGCGGCUUUAGGGUCGGCCUUUGCUGCUCAGAUGGCAGGACAGAUGCCUUUGAACACACUCAUGGCACGACCUGCUACGAUAUCGCAGUUCUCGACCCCCGGCAAUAAUAACCGGCAGCCCAUUCCAAUACAGCAGCUUCAAGCACAGCCCUCCAUGCCCAAUCUCAGCGCAGCUGCAGUAGGACAGAAGCCAAGUAACACCGUUCUCGCACCCCUGGAAGGCGCCUCCGCCGCAGAUACCCUCUCCAUCAACACUGCGCUGCCCAGGAGUAAUAAUUCGUCAUCACUCUCGCUACCAAACUCUGUGAGCAACCUUCCGCUGUCAAAUUCCAGUUCUCCAACACAUAUCCCUCUCCCUCAGACGCAUCUCGGCUAUGGUACCCCGACAACCAAGCAAGGGUACCUCAACAUCCGGAUCCCUCAGCCCAGGAAUCGUGCUCCAGUAUGGCAACGCAAAUACUUCUUUAUUCAGGAAGGAGAGUUUGGCUUUGAGAGCGUCGUGUCAAAUCCGACAGUUGGAUCUCAGGUGGUACAGAGCGAAAGAAUUGCAGUCUUGUUGUGCGAGGUGCGGUAUGGAUCCUCGUCGGGCUCUUCGAUGGUUGUGAAUGGAGGCGGAAACCCCACUACCGGAAGUCAAGGGUUAGCUAUGGUCCAAAUGGAACGCCGAUUCUGUUUCGAAGUCGUCUGUGCAACCCAGUCUUAUUUGCUACAGGCAGAGGCGGAGGAUGAUUUGAUGAGCUGGGUCGAGACCUUUGAGGCUGCUAAGCGAGAUGCACUCUUGCAACAACAUCUCCCUCGACCCCAAGAGUCUGAUGAACCAUACUCGCCCAUACCCGACUCUGGCAAUUCGGGAUUUUCGUUUUCAGGCGAGAACUUGCUGGAAUCCGAGGCAGCGGCGCGCGAGAAAUCUAACAAUGACUCGGAAGAAUCCAAAUCUGCGGGACUGUUAGGGCUGGGAUGGGCUGUGAACGUUCCGGGCGUCAGUCUGCUUCUUGGAAACAACGCUGUGUCUAACAAGACCGGGUCUGGGACUGACUCAACAACCGUUGAUGGUGCGGACAACAAUGCAGAGGCAACAAAUCCAGCGGAUCAGUCCGAGACAAAGACCAGUGGAGAAGGACAGGGUACUACAGUCGAAACGGAUGUAUCUCUUCGCCCAUCUACAGUGGAAACGGAUGCCUCCGCCCAUGUGAGGUCCUGGUCCAUUGGCGACGUUCCUGCCGGUCCUGAGCAGCGUUCUGGACACACGCACCAAAUGUCGGAGAUCGAGAAGUUGAUGACAAGCACGCUUCAUCUGGUUCCCAGGACAACACCUCUUGCCGUCUCAGAAAUCCCUCACUACCCUAUGGAAUUGGUCGUGCGCAAUAGAGAAUUACAUCUGCGCUUCCAUGGAACCAAAGUCCAUUCCAAGGAAUACGUGCUCCAUUCGUGGACUAGCGGUUAUCUGGACGAUUCGCGUCCCGAUAAGCCGAUCAUGGUUUACGGUCGUGUCUUCUUGACACAAUCUGGAAUGUACUUUUAUGCGCGCGGACUGAGUGUGGAAACAAAACGGAUGUACCGGUUCUCGUCUAUUCGGGGUAUCGAGUGCGAGCAAAAAGACAUCUCGACAGAGUGGCGUAUCGAAACCAUGGAUGGCGUACAGCAUAUCUUUUCGCAAUUUACCCUGACAGACACUGAGUAUCAGGUACUGCAUCUAAUUUGGACGAACGUGCAUCAGGCCAAGGAUCGACUUCCCGUCAAGGAAUUGUUCAGGAGAACAAUGUUAAUUACGAGCAAACCCAAGGGAAGUGCUGGAUCGGGGUCGUUGGCGGAAACAGAGUCGAGCCAUUUGAUAACCCGCGAAGGGAGAAUAACACAUCCUUCAGGAAAUAGUGGGACAUCCGGAGCAGAGAGCAGGGAUACCGGCGAUGCGACUUCUGUCAGGGGCGAUGACGACGAUUGGAAUGACGUUGAUGAAGAACCUCCGGCUUCGGUGGAGCUGCCGUCUGGUCCUGCGGCAUGCAACUGCUCAGGCCAUAUGGAGAAGGUCGAGCUGGAACAAACCUAUGAUGUUUCGGCAAAGACAUUGAAUCACCUGCUGUUUGGUGACAAUAGUCCCGUAUGGAAGGAGUUUCAUGCUCGUCGCAAUAACAAAGUGCAAAGCGUUGGCGAGUGGACGGAGAAGGCUGGAGGGCACCGUGAGAGGAUCGUAAAGUUCCUGAUGGUUGUGAACAACCCGCUUGUGAAAUUGAACCAGGCGGACUGUGUCGAGACCCAGACCUGUGAAGUCGAUGAAGACUACAUUCGAUACUCUUACAUAAUCCGAUCCAAUGUCGCAGCGAUGCCAUACAGCGACGCAUUCACUCCAAUGAGUAGGUACUGCGUCACUUAUGUGGACAAGAACCGGAGCAAGCUGACCUGCUCUAGCGGUAUUGAAUGGCACAAGAACCCAAUGGUCAAAGCCAUGAUCAAGGGAGCAGUCUUCAAGGGUACUGCGGAGACGAUCAAGGAUAUUUCAGAAAUCCUGCAGCUGCACCUCGAACGUCGUGGUCAGGAGCGAAACCCCGCACGACCACCGCACUCGGCCCCUGCGACUGUCACUGGGGACAGACCUGGCAUGCAUGGUCGAACAGAGUCCUCGAAGAUCAUGAUUUCUUUAGAUGGUCCGGAUAAUGACGGACACAGCAUUCUAUUGAACCCGCAAGAUGGAAAUGCGGAUGUUGCAGCUGGUGCAGCAUUGGAUAGCCGUGUGCCAGGCGCCAGGCGUCAUACGGUCAGCACUGCAGCUGGUUCAGGAAAAGUCCACUAUUCUGGCGCUCGUGUUCAGGGUCAUUGGCCAACAGGAUCGCAGCCGUCAUUCGUACCAAUUGGAUCAAAGGAGAGCCGCACACGACUCCUGGGACGUCCUAGUCGGAGCACUCUGGUCGAAAAGGAAUCUCAAGACGCCAAGGCCAAGUCUAGGUCAGGUAGAAGCGCUGAGUGGAUCAAGAAGAACGUACUCGGGUUCGUUUACACGAAAGAUGAGAAAGAAAGGCGCGCGAUGUCUACGAAACUCCUCUAUUUGGUUCUUGUGGUCUCGUCUCUGAUCAACAUCUGGGCGGCGUACAACAGCCAGCGGAUGCUGGACACCGCAUGGAGAUUGAAGACAGGAUCGUUGACAGGCUACACCAGCCGAUUGAAGGGCUACCCGGAACCCCUGCAUCGUAUCUUCAGCCGAGAACACCAUGACGACUCUAUGUACCGUGAUGGACCCAAGAACGUUCGUGUUGCUGCCAGAGCUGUAUACCUUAAGGAUCUGGAGGAACAGAUGAUGAGCGGAGAGCUGGAUGGGUUUGACGAUGGGCAGACGAUUGAUCCAAAGUGCUUUGAUAUUUUUAUGGAGGCCCGAGACUCGUUCCGACCAUGGCCCCAGCCGCCUCUAGAGUGGUAUUCCGAUCAAAACGACAGUCAGGCCUCAUUUGAGGGCACAGCAACGUCUCUGGUACCUGUACAGCCCACAGCUGCAUCGCGCGCUUCAGUCUUCAGUCAGGAAGAGGAGGCUGCGACACGACACCCAUGGUUCCUACCCCACCAUCGUCGAUGGGCGACCAGAAUUAUUUUCCAGCGGGAUCGGGUUGGAAUCUUGAGACAUGAUCUUCUCGUGACUUUUGAGGUGCUAAAACAGCUUGAGCGAAGACUACUGGAGACAGAGUACAUCAACUGGAUCACGGACGAGCGUAGUCGGUGUCGUCUUUGGGAACGCAGGAUGAAGGCUGCCAGAGCACCUGCUGCUGAUGAAGGCAGGCGAAGAAAGGAUGCAGAGGGGAUUGCCAGUGGCAGUAGCGGAACGUCGGACGCUGAUGGAUCUGAGGAUGGGGAAGCUCCGAUGCUGAAGGGAAAGCUUACGCAACAACAGGAGAUGGAGCAGAACUUGAGUAGGGAGCAGGUCAAGGAGCGCAUCGCGCAGUUGUAUGGCGAUCCUUAUGUGUCCUUGAACAGUGAUGGCAAGAAGGAGGACAGCAGACCAGCGGAUGGAGAUAAGGAUGAGGAUAAGGAAAGGAAACAGGAGUUCAAAACCAAAGUGACGAAAGAGUUUUGCGAGGCACUGGAGCACCAAGUGGCGCUGUUCAUGUUGGACAUCAAGAAGUAAUUCCGUAUUUCAAUAAAUAACUGGUAUGUGCGCUACAUGCGAAGG